AUGUCUCAAGAGGUAAUUCCUAUGCCAAGGUCAAGGAGGGCUGUUUCCCGCGCCGACAGAACGGCUGACCAUGAAGAAGCAGACGGCCUGGAUAGAUUCUCGGCGGUUACGGAGAACUAUCUGCUCUGUCUUUACAGGCUGUGGGAAGAUUCGGUUACUCCAACGGUUACCCAGUUGACCGAUGCCAUAAAGCAACUGCCCCCCACCGAAGGACUGGGUUCCUCCGUACCUUCUGUAGCCGGGAUGACCCGUCGUAUGCAGAAGCAGGGCUUGGUUGAUGUGGGCUCUGACAAGCGAAUCAGGCUUACCGGCAAGGGGUUUGAAGGCGGCGAGGACAUCGCCCGUCGACACCGUUUGGCGGAGUGGCUGGUGGUCAGGCUGCUUGGCAUGGACCUGCAUUGCGCCCAUAUUGAGGCCCACCGUCUGGAGCAUGGAAUCUCCGGGGAACUGGAAGCGAAACUGAGGGAGCGGCUGGGAUAUCCGGAGAAGUCUCCUUUCGGACGUCCCAUCCCCGGGGCCGGCGCGCCCCAGCUUCCUGCCAACUGCAUUACCCUGGACUCGGCGGUUAAGGGCACUGAGUACAUAAUUGAGCGCAUACCCGAGGAAGACUCAAACCUGCUUCGGUUUUUGGACGGCGCUCAGAUUAUUCCGGAAAGCCGGGUAAGCGUGGCGGAAGCUACCGCCUACCUGGGGGUAAUGACGGUCGCCACUCCGAGGGAACAGGUGUCCAUGGGCUUUAGCGUGGCCCACCAGAUUGUGGUGCGGCCAGCGGAGUAG